AUAUAUAAUAAAGAUAAUAAUAAAAUAAUACUAGCUUGUCACGUAGAUGAUAUGUUAGUAGUUAGAAAUAAUAAAGAAUUUAUAGAUAAUCUAUUUAAUAAUAUACUACUUAAAUAUAUAAAGAUAAAGCCUAUAGAAUACCUAGUAUAUUUCUAG